CCGUCGCCCGCCGGGCUCGCGCGGGAGAGGAAGGAGGAGAAACUUUGCCUUUUUAUUGUUGUUUUAGUCCUUAAGUGCCAGGAACUCUGUUGGGUGGAAAAAUGUCCUUCUUCAAUUUCCGUAAGAUCUUCAAGUUGGGGAUCGAGAAGAAGAAGAAGCAGUAUGAGCAUGUGAAGAGGGACUUGAAUCCCGAGGAGUUUUGGGAAAUUAUAGGAGAAUUGGGUGACGGAGCCUUUGGGAAAGUGUACAAGGCCCAGAAUAAAGAGACUAAUGUUUUAGCUGCUGCAAAGGUGAUUGACACCAAAUCUGAAGAAGAACUUGAAGAUUACAUGGUUGAAAUUGAUAUAUUAGCAUCUUGUGAUCACCCAAAUAUAGUCAAACUUUUAGAUGCCUUUUAUUAUGAGAACAAUCUUUGGAUCCUCAUUGAAUUUUGUGCAGGCGGAGCAGUGGAUGCUGUGAUGCUUGAACUUGAGAGACCAUUAACUGAGUCCCAAAUACAAGUAGUUUGUAAACAGACCUUAGAGGCGUUGAACUACUUACAUGAUAAUAAAAUCAUCCACAGAGAUCUAAAGGCUGGCAACAUUCUUUUUACCUUAGAUGGAGAUAUUAAGUUGGCGGAUUUUGGAGUAUCAGCUAAAAACACAAGGACAAUUCAAAGAAGAGAUUCCUUUAUUGGCACACCAUAUUGGAUGGCUCCUGAAGUAGUCAUGUGUGAAACAUCUAAGGACAGACCGUAUGACUACAAAGCUGAUGUUUGGUCCCUGGGUAUCACUUUAAUAGAAAUGGCCGAGAUAGAACCACCACAUCAUGAAUUAAAUCCAAUGCGAGUGUUGCUAAAAAUAGCAAAAUCUGAGCCCCCUACGUUAGCCCAGCCAUCAAAAUGGUCUUCAAAUUUUAAGGACUUCCUAAAGAAAUGCUUGGAAAAAAAUGUGGAUUCCAGGUGGACUACAUCUCAGCUACUGCAGCAUCCCUUUGUUACUGUUGAUUCCAACAAACCAAUCCGAGAGUUGAUUGCAGAGGCAAAGGCUGAAGUAACAGAGGAAGUUGAAGAUGGCAAAGAGGAGGAGGAGGAGGAUGAAACAGAAAAUUCUCUGCCAGUACCUGCAAGUAAGCGUGCCUCGUCUGACCUUAGCCUUACCAGCUCUGAAGAAGAUAAACUUUCACAAAAUGCUUGCAUUUUGGAAUCUGUCUCAGAAAAAACAGAGCGUAAUACUCCUGAAGUUAACAACAGAGUUCUUAAUGAAAAACCCACCACCGAUGAGCCUGAAAAAGCUGUGAAGGGUAUUGCUGAACAUAAUAAUGAUACUCAUUUAGAAGCUAUGGCUGAACUCCAUGAUAGGACAACAGUAAUCAAGGAAAAUGGGAGGGAGGAGAAGAGACCCAAGCUUGAAAGUCUACCUGACACAGAAGACCAAGAAACAGCAGACAUUAAUUCAGUCAAUGAAGGAAAAGAAAAUAAUGUAAUGAUAACUUUAGAAGCAAAUACUGAACAGCAUUUGAAACCUGAAGAAGAAAGGGAUCAGGAAAAGCAACAGAUACUUGAAAAUAAGGUUAUAAAAUCUGAAGAAAUUAAAGAUUCUACUAUUCAAACAAUGGAUUUAGUUUCUCAAGAGACUGGAGAAAAAGAGGCAGAUAUUCAGGUAAUUGACAAUCAAGUUGAGCUUACGAAGGAAGACACCCAAGAGAAUUUGGGAAAAGAUGAGAAAACUCAAAAAGAUGUGAUCAAUGAUAUGAACAAUGUGAUAGGAACAAAUGAGUCAGUAGAUAUUGCUCAGAAGACAGUUGAAAACAAUGCUGAGGAUGUUCAGAGUAAUGAUGGGAAAGAAAUGGUUGAAGUAGGCCAGGAAUUAGCAAGUAAAGCCGUGGAGGGUCCUGAGGUUGGUGGUACUGAGGAAGUUCCUAUUAAAGAAAUAGUUGAAACUGAUGGAAUAGAUAAAAAAUCUGUAGAAGGUAAAGGUGAGGAACAGUUCAUCAACAGCUCCGAGAACGUAGUGGAGACCAGCGAGGAGCCCAGGAUAAAUGAAGUUGGGGACAUCACUGAGUCAAGUGGCGCUGAAGGAAUCGAGGUCAGAAGUGCAGUGAUUGAUUCUGACCGAAAGGCUUUAGGAGGUGAGAUGCGGGAUGCUCAUGAAGUCACUACCCAGACAGACACAGAGCAAAAAGAAAUUCCAUGCGAAGUGCCAAUGAAAACAGAGCCUGAAGUUACUGCUGCUUCACAGCCCAGUGACCCUCAGCUUGUUCCAGUGCCCAGCAUUAAUGUCAACUCUGAAGAUGCAGAAAAUAAAGGGGACAUAGGCGCUUUAUCAAAAACUGAAACUCUGUUGGUACCAGAGUCGGAGAAUCAGAAGGAAAAUGAUACUGAUUCAGGCACUGGUUCCACUGCUGAUAAUAGCAGCAUUGAUUUGAAUUUAUCCAUCUCUAGCUUCCUAAGCAAAACUAAAGACAGUGGAUCAAUAUCUUUACAAGAAACAAGAAGACAAAAGAAAACGUUGAAGAAAACACGCAAAUUUGUUGUUGAUGGUGUAGAAGUGAGUGUAACAACAUCAAAGAUAGUUACAGAUAGUGAUUCCAAAACUGAAGAACUGAGGUUUCUUAGACGUCAGGAACUUCGGGAAUUAAGAUUUCUUCAAAAAGAAGAGCAAAGAGCCCAACAACAGCUCAAUAGCAAACUGCAACAGCAACGAGAACAAAUUUUCCGACGCUUUGAGCAAGAAAUGAUGAGCAAAAAGCGACAAUAUGACCAAGAAAUUGAGAAUCUAGAAAAGCAGCAGAAACAGACUAUUGAACGUCUAGAACAAGAACACACAAAUCGCUUGCGAGAUGAAGCCAAACGUAUUAAAGGAGAACAAGAGAAAGAGUUGUCCAAAUUUCAGAAUAUGUUGAAGAACCGAAAGAAGGAGGUUAUAAAUGAAGUGGAGAAAGCACCCAAAGAGCUGAGAAAAGAGCUCAUGAAACGCAGGAAAGAGGAGCUUGCACAAAGCCAGCAUGCUCAGGAACAAGAGUUUGUUCAGAAGCAACAACAAGAAUUAGAUGGCUCUCUGAAAAAGAUCAUCCAACAGCAAAAGGCAGAGUUAGCCAAUAUUGAAAGAGAAUGCCUGAAUAACAAACAACAGCUCAUGAGAGCUCGAGAAGCCGCAAUUUGGGAGCUUGAAGAACGACACUUACAAGAAAAACACCAGCUACUCAAACAGCAACUUAAAGAUCAGUAUUUCAUGCAAAGACAUCAGCUACUUAAACGUCAUGAGAAGGAAACAGAACAAAUGCAGCGUUACAAUCAACGACUUAUUGAGGAAUUGAAAAACAGACAGACUCAAGAAAGAGCAAGACUGCCUAAGAUUCAGCGCAGUGAAGCCAAGACUCGAAUGGCCAUGUUUAAGAAAAGUUUGAGAAUUAACUCAACGGCCACACCAGAUCAGGACCGUGAAAAAAUUAAACAAUUUGCUGCUCAAGAAGAAAAAAGGCAGAAAAAUGAGAGAAUGGCUCAGCAUCAAAAACAUGAAAACCAAAUGCGGGAUCUCCAGCUGCAGUGUGAAGCCAAUGUCCGAGAGCUGCAUCAACUGCAGAAUGAAAAAUGCCACCUAUUGGUUGAGCAUGAGACUCAGAAACUAAAGGAAUUAGAUGAGGAACACAGCCAGGAAUUAAAGGAAUGGAGAGAGAAAUUGAGACCUAGGAAAAAGACACUGGAAGAAGAAUUUGCCAGGAAAUUGCAGGAACAGGAAGUGUUCUUUAAAAUGACUGGAGAGUCUGAAUGCCUUAACCCAUCAACACAGAGCCGGAUUUCCAAAUUCUAUCCUAUUCCUAGCUUGCAUUCCACUGGAUCAUAACAACAGGAAGCAUUCUGUGCUUGGGUUUGGCUUUUGAAAUAUGUCAUUCUGUUCUCUUCAUCUUCUGCCACAGCCUAUAUUAGAAAGUGCACGAAGACAAUCACCUGCCUCACCUUCUAGGUGUUUUUUUGUUUGUUUGUCUUGUUUGUUUAGCAAAGAUGAAGGGAAAGGAACUAAGACAGAUGCUGGGCCGAGUAGGCAAAGUAGCAUCUUGCAGUAAUUCCCUAAGGUGAUUUUGUGUAUUAAUCUUAAAAACUAUGUGCUUUACACACUGUUCCUGAAAAACUCUUAGAGAUAUAAUGUUUAAAGUUAUUUUUAAAAACCUGUUACAUCACUGAGUAUUAGUAAAUAUCUUUUUACCUGAUCUAAUUUCUCAAUGACACCUAAAUUCUAUUGUUGAAACUCUGCUGUAGAGAGUUGAAAUAAUUUUCUUUUGGUGAAAUAGCUCAUGAAAAAGCUAGGAGUUGCUCAAAAUAUGAUACUGAUUCAGUAAAUAAAUCUAUUUUAUCUUUAAAUAGCAAGAAAUUCUUUUAAAAGAGAAAAAUUAUUUCAAUAAUUUGUCUAAAAUAAUUACCUGUUUAGGCAUGAACUAAUAAUUAAGGGUGCUAGUUUUAUUACAAUAGUGCCUAAAACACUAAAUUUCAAUUGAGUCUAAAAUAGGGUUUUAUUUUUUGACUCAACAGGGACAAAUCACCCUUUGCAUUAAGCAUUAUUGUUUUUUAAAUCUUGCUCCUAUUACCAUUUGAUAGACAUUUUCAUCCUAAAACUUAAUAGGUCAUACAAAGUUGGAAAGAUGGGAAAAAAAAGUUAGCUCUUAGAUGUCUAAAUUGGAAAUGUAAAACUCACCAAAUAAAAAGAAAUACAGAUUUAGCUGUUCCAGCUCAUUUUUUAAAAACAAUACAUGAGCUGAUUAAGUGACUUCCCCCAUCUUAGCAAAUCCUGUUCAUUGAAAACUGUCAGAUGCCUGCUGGCUCUGAGUUAUAUUUAUAAAUGUAUUUUCUGAAAUUGAUCUUAAAAAAGGCAUUUGUUCAGAGUAUUUUUUUUUUUUAGCUGAGCCAUCCUGCCACCUGUUGGCAGCUCAGCGGCUGCUCAGCUUGGGCCAGGAA